AUGGAGCUUGAAUUAUCCAAAACCGGGAUAGUUGAAGAUGCCGAAAACUUAGAGAACGAUCAACUUGACACUGAAUUAAUUCAAACAGUUACUUUACAAGAAGUUACCAAAGCACGGCCUGAAGAAGCAAUACUUGAGCCCCAAGAGCUACCGACACCGUCACGACGAGACAUUGAAUCAUGGACACCAGACCAACUAUAUGCGCAUAUAUGCCGAGUAAUACCAGAGAUCUUACAUGAAGAUAAUGAGGAAACUAGAAAGAUUCUCAAUGCAGAAAAAAUUGAUGGCAGGGCUUUUAUUCUUUGUGGUGAAGACGAUUUUGCAAACAUCGGGAUUAGCCACGCCGAAGCGCUAGGGCGAGAAGUUUACCGAUUGAGAGUGGAAAGGUCACCAGACUUCGAAGAUAUAGCCGAGAUGAACGCAGAGCAAGUUGCUGCUUUUCUCACUGCUAGAACCAAGGAAGGUGAAUUGGAACUCCAGAAGGAUGAUCUUAAUAUUAUAGGAUAUUGGAAAAUCCCGGGAAUAGCACUAUUGCAACAGGACGAGGAAAGGCUCAUUCGUUUAGGGCUUCCUGAAAAAUCUGCUAACUAUAUCGCAAAAGUCAUUAAUCGUAUAAGAGGAGAGUAUGGAAUACUUCCAAUGCCCAUGUAUCGAAAACUUGAUGGAGUAGCUGGUUUGCGCAAGAAGACUGUUGUAAUAAUGAAGCUUGCAGAACAUUCCCAGCAAGAAUCUAACAUUUCCGCACAUGCGCCUAUGCAAGAUGAUCAAUUAGAGUCAUUUAUGACUGUAACAGAACGACCAAUGGAUGAAUCACAACAAGUUUUAGUGCAUAUAGCUGAAUCAAAUGAGGUUCCAAUAGAAUGGCCUGAACUUAAAUCCAUAAUAAAAUCACAGCUUAGUAAGAUGUGUGAAGAAGGGACAGAAGCGACAGAUGUCGUUAACGGGUUGUAUUCCAAAUUACUCGAAGAGCGUAAUAAACUACUAGAAGAUAUAAUAAAGCGAUUAGACAAGUUCAAUGAGGCACCAUUUACCAUUCAGCGAGUAGCUGAACUGAUGAUAAGGCCUCAUGAAUAUUAUGUAAAUACAGUAAAAUGGUUGCGCGGUCUAGAAAAGGUCUUAUCCGUUCAUUCUUCAAUAAAAAGCUUUCCUGAUGGAGGACAAGUAGAGGCAAAUCCUACAUUGUCAAGACUAGGUACUGAAGACAUUUAUGGGGGUGUACGUGAUGCAGAAGAGACAAUGAAUGCUGACGAUCGUUCAAUGGACGAAGAUGAAGCAGAGGCAUUUCUAGAUGCGGUCAUAAACGGCGAGGAAGUUGUUAACGAUCAUGGCAAGGAUGAGGAAAAUAUUACCGUGCAGGCAACGGAAAAUUAUUAUUAUGGAUUGUUAUCCAUGGACUCUACUGAUGAAUGA